AUUUUUUCGUGCUGAGGUCGUCUAGAAGUUCACUUUGAUGGGGUCAGUCUCCAUCUUUCAUCCCUCCAUCAGCACGUUCGUCUUCUAUCCAUCGGCAAGGAAUCCUUCCACUCUUUCCGUUGUAUUUUAAUAUACACAUAAAACAAGUACCAUGAUGUCUCUUCGCACUCUCGCGCGCUUUGCGCCCCGCGCUUUGGCACGUGCUGCGACCACAUCCGCCCUCUCGCGCUGCCAGAGGACAAGCAGCAUCCUCAGCGCCCGCCCCUCCUCCUUCCUCCGCACUCAGCAAGUCUCUGCCUUCUCGACAUCAGUCUUCCGGAGAGCCAUUGCCGGCGAAGUGGACGAGGAGGUGUCGGCCAAGCUGGCCAGCGAGAUCGAGUUCGAGAACGACGUCAAGCAGAACGAGCCGCUGCCCGCCAGCAUUAAGGACUUUAUGGACAACAGCCCCUGGAAGAUAGAGGAUGUAGCAGGCAAGGAGGAUGUCAUUUUGACGCGCACAUUUGGCGACGAGAAGAUCACCGUCUCGUUUUCCAUCGCCGACCUGCAUAACUACGAGCCCGACAUGAUGGAGGAUGACCAGGCCAUGGAGGACGAGCUGGACGACAUUGAGACCGGCCGCAGCCCGCAAGAUCAGCGUGGCGGCGCCGCCGACCUCGCGAAUGAGGCCAACGAGGACCUCGAGGCCGGCGCCGACGAGGCCGCUGUCCCCGUGCGCCUCAACGUCGUCAUCGAGAAGCCCAACAAGGGCGCGCUCAACGUCGAGGCGCUCGCGCAGGACGGUGCCAUUGUCGUCGAGAACCUCUAUUACUACGCGGACCCCAAGCUGGCGCACAGCUCCGAUGCCAACGCCGUGCAUGCCGCCCAAGACACGUACCCCGGCCCGCCGUUCGGCAGCCUCGACGAGGACCUGCAGAUCCUGAUGGAGCGAUACCUCGAGGAGCGCGGCGUCACGCAGCAGCUGGCUCUAUUCGCGCCGGACUACAUGGACUACAAGGAGCAGAAGGAGUACGUGGCGUGGCUCCAGAAUGUCAAGGGCUUCAUCGAUGCCUAGGCGAGCAGAGUUGUGGGAGAAUGUGGAUGAGCGCUGUGCGAUAUGACUGUAUUACUUGCCACUCUACUGGAUGUCUGGAUGUAUGAUAGAUCCAAGGACAUGGAAGACAUGCUCUUGUCAAUGAAUAUAAACUUGUAAAACGU